AUGGAUGCAGUUACUUUAACAUUACGACCAGCUGAGGCUGACGACUUCGAUGAAAUAGUGAAACUUUCAGAGGGAAUUUACGCAGGACAUGAUUAUCUUCCGUUGAUAUUCCACCAGUGGCUUCAAAGGGACAACAUAGUUGUUAUACUUGCCCAUUGUGGCGUGAGACUCGUCGGAUUAGAGGCAUACUUCGUAGUAGAUGAUGGCCGCACUUUCAUUCAUCGAGCGGGACGCGUUCAUCCAGAUUAUCGAGGUCAAGGUAUUUACAAACAGGUCGGCGAGUACUCCAUUAAACACGCAAAAGAGCAUUAUCCUAAUUUACAAAGAAAGCGGUUUUCUUCCAUUCGUGACGCUGAAAUUCCUGAUCCGAGGAAACUUUUCGAGUUGCAUAUAGAAGGGUAUCACGUUGGGAAGGAAUUCUGUGACAAACUAAAGCAAACAGCCUUGACAAAUUCGAUGGAGAUCAAGACGUGUGCACCUGAUUAUUUCGCCAAUAUUAUUGAAUCUUUACCAGCCAGGCCGUUCACGGGGAAUUCUAUUUUCCUCAGUAACUGGUGCCCUUUCGAGAGACUUCGAUCCAAUGUUGACCACAUUUUAAGAGAAAGUACUGAACUCUAUGUGGAGAAAUGUGAUGACGACGUUAUUCCUAAUUCUCUUAGUGUUGGCACGCUUUCCCCAAGAGUGAAAUACUUUGAAUGGGUCGCAGAGGUUUAUGCUGAUUCUCCAGAUCUUUUUCAAGCUCACAUCGUGCAUCAACUAAAGCGUGCUUGUGAAUUAAUUAACGACGAUUUUAUUUUUACAUUUACGAUGCAAGACGAGAGUUUAAGUUCGCUCGCAAGGAUCAUCAUGAAGGACCAACUAAAGUUCAAAACGGCUGACUUCUAUCAUAAUAGGACACUGAAAGUCUAUGAGACGGACAUAACCGAAAAAUCCCACCGUUAA